AAUCAGCAACUGGUUUAUCAACGCUAGAAGGCGCAUUUUACAUGCCAUGCUCGAUGAAGAAGGUUUGACACAUUGCCGUAAGCAGAAAUAGAUGGCAUGUGUCAUCGAUCAUUCAUACGGGUUUUUCUCAUUCUUUUUGGGUCUCAUUUCUUUAUUAGAUCAUCGGAAAUCCGCCAACACAGAGUUCAUGUCUUCAUGCUAUCAUCACGUCAAAAGAUUUCCCUCCCGUCCAAAAUAAUCUACCUUUAUUUGGACCCUGUCAUUGACAUCAUUUGCAUCUCCAUCCCUUGUCGGUUUUCCCAUGUUAUCAUUUAUUACUAUUAUUAUCAUUUUUUUUUCCAUGACCCUGUUUGUUGUUUGCUUUCUAUCCUUUUUUUUUCACAGCAUUGUUUUCGUUAUCGCACUCUUUUCCUGUCACUCACUAUUCCGUCUUUUCCGUACUAUACUUAUCCCAUAUUUUAUGCCUGGAGCAAAAAUACAUUUAUUUCUGCAUGUUCAAGAAAAAUAAAAUACAUCUUUGCAAUGUAACCAGGGUAUGUCCUUCUUUUAUCUUGUCAUCUACAGUAAAUGCCGAGCUUCUUAUUUUGCACUUGUCAAAAGGUAUGUGCCAUUUCUAUUUUAAGACUUGACGGUAUUAUCUUUUGAUGCUUGCCUUUUAUAGAUAGCAAAGAACCUGCUUUUGGGUUGUGUUUUUUCCCACCAGAAGCACCACGGUGUUCUCAGGUUGUAAGACACCGCUCGCUUUAUCGACCAACGAGACAUCGCCAUUUUAUCAUAUUGUUACUGUCUUGGUUCCUACGUGCUGGAAUCAUGCAUGUGAUAUCAAGUAUUGGGAUAAUGUUACAAG